AUGUUGGUGGUGAUGCUGGUGGCGACGGCCAGCUCCGCCAGCGAGGCGCAGCGGGCACAGCCUCUUCACCCACAACAGGACCCUCACGAAGCUCUAGCACAACACCAACAGAACUUGGAGCAGCAGCAGGCGCAACAGCAGGCGCAACAGGAGGGCAAAACACAAGAGGUAGAGACGAUACAGCAGCAGACACACCAGGAACGGAAACUACAGCAGGAGACGCAGGAGCAGCAGCAGCAACAGGAAGACCGCCCAGAGCAGCAGACGCAGGAGGAGGUGGACACCCGGCUGUUCAUCACAGGGGGCAGCGAAACGAUGGUAGUGGGCAACUACCCCAUGUUCCUGAUGGGGAUCUUCGCCCUCCUGGUGGGGGCGGCCAUCGUGGCCUCCACUGUGGUGGGCGUCAGUGUGCAGGAUCCUGAUCGCUAUUCCGAUCUCACGUGA